AUUCUAUCAAAACCUUCUAAAGUUGAGUUUGGUGCGGUUUUGUAAUCGGAAGAAUGGCUCGUACAAAGCAAACUGCCCGCAAGUCCACCGGCGGAAAAGCUCCGAGGAAGAGUCUCAGUGUCAUUAAGGCUGCCCGCAAGCAAGUCCCUACAACCGGCGGGGUGAAGAAGCCGCACCGUUACCGUCCAGGAACGGUUGCUCUUCGGGAAAUACGAAAGUAUCAAAAGAGUACGGAGCUGCUGGUGAGGAAGCUGCCGUUCCAGAGGCUGGUGCGGGAAAUAGCGCAGGACUUCAAAACGGACCUAAGAUUCCAGAGCCACGCGGUUCUGGCUCUCCAGGAGGCGGCCGAAGCUUACUUGGUUGGGCUGUUCGAAGACACCAACCUCUGCGCCAUUCAUGCUAAGCGCGUCACCAUCAUGCCCAAGGACGUCCAGCUUGCCCGCCGCAUCCGGGGCGAGCAACCUAUUAAAUCUUAACUUUCUUUUUUAUUUUACACAGCUGUCUGUUAUAAGGUCAGUUGCUUUGUUAAUUCCUAGUUGAUGAAGAUGAUUCAUAUUAUCAAAGAUUGAUUAAUUUUA